GGAAUGGCCGUUUCAGGACGUAAACAAGUAGACCUGAUAGGAUCAGUAGAAGCAGGAUCAACGGAAGACUUCGAUCACUGUUGUGAGCCAUGUCUUACCACAGGUCAACGUAUAGAAGCUCACGGGUUUUGUGUCACAUGUCAAGAAUACCUUUGUAAAAAUUGCCACGAUGUCUACAGGAAAACAAAAGUCUUACGAAAUCAUCAAAUUUUGCAGCGUAUUGAUUUUGAUAAGAUUCAAGCUACAAGGAAAUCAAACAAUGAAUGCACUGAAAUGUGUCAAGUUCACAAAAAAGAAAUAAUCAAAUUUUAUUGUCCAUCACACCAUGCACUCGGAUGCAAUGAUUGCAUAACUUUAGGACAUAGAACAUGUAAAGUUGAUUACAUACCUGAAAAAUGCGUAGGUGUCGCAGAUGGGAAGAAGUUCGAUGGCGUCAUGAAGAAGCUCGACGAAAAAUUAAAAGAAGCAUCAGAAAUUUCGAAAAAGGCUAAAAACAGUAGAAGCAACAUAAAUGAUUACAAUAAAGAAAUCAUCAAGGCGAUCACUGAAUUCAGAAAAGAAAUAAACGACCGCCUAGAUCUGAUGCAAAAAGAUGUUUUAAAUAAUGCCGAGGAAAUAAAGUCCAACACCAACAAAAUAAUUCAACACGUCCUUGAUACAUGUGAAAAUAUGAUUUCCAGUAUAAAAGGCUUGCAAUUAAGUCUACAUGCAAGCAAAUCAAAUCAUCAAGAUGGUCAACUCUACAUUGACAUAAAGCGGGCAGAAUCUACGCUGAAAUCAGAUAAAUUAAAUGACGCAGAACAAACAUUAAGGCAUACCAAUAUGCACUACUCAUUUCAACGAAAUUCUGAACUCGAGACAUUGUUCUGUAAGAAAAUGGUCUUCGGUGAGAUUGUCGAUCAUUCUCGUCAUGAAUCUACAAAAGUAACAAAGACUGUUGAUCGGCUGGUUGGGAAAGGAGAUAUCAAUGUUAAAACUUCAUCAGAUAAGAUGAAUAGUUCUAUUACAGGAUGUGCAGUUCUCAACACAAAUAAACUUGUUCUAGCUGAUCGUAACAACAACAAGAUAAAAUUGAUAUCUAUAGAGAACAAAGUUGUACAGGAAAAGAAAGCUCUAGACUCAGGGCCAUUUGAUAUUGCUGAAAUGUCUCAGGAUCAGUUUGCAGUAACAAUACCGUUUAUCAAAGAAAUAGUGGUCAUGACAACAGACGACAAGCUAUCAUGUGUCCGCAGUAUUAAAGUGGAAAGGAAGUGCUAUGGUAUAGACAAUAAUCAGGAUCGUCUUUAUGUUGCUUGUUUGUCUCCUCCUAGUGUGACUGUACUGAAUACACAUGGUGAUAUCCUGAAUAACAUCUCUCUGAACUUUCUUUCACCUGACUAUGCCCCGUAUAUUGCUGUGAGAAAGGAUUCCAAACUUCUGUAUAUCAGUGACCGUGGUAACAACAGUAUAACGAGUGUAUCAUCAUUACAAGGGGACGUAACAGCUAUAUAUAAACAUACAGAUCUUAUUAGACCACUUGGAAUGUUGGAGUUAGAUGACGGGUCAUUACUUGUCUGCUGUUAUAGUAAUGGAUCAAUUCAUAAAGUCAACGGAGACUUGAAGGAAGGGAAGAUGAUGCAUAAAGAUAAAACAAUUCUGUAUUCAAUAUGCUACAGUUCAAGCUAUAAUGAGGUCUAUGUUGGUUGCUGUGAUGAUAACAAGUUGAAAGUUUUUGACACACAAUGAUCAAUUGAUGAAAUUUUAAUUUGAUAACCGAAAUGAAGAUUGCAUUGCAUUAAUUGUUCUUAAUUAUAGAAAAUGAUAAAAGUACAUUUUGUAUUAUUAUUAUUAUUAUUAUUAUUAUUAUUAUUAUUA